UCAAUUUUAGUGGUAGAAUUAGCGGUGAAUAGCACAAGUUUAGUUAGUUUGUUUUAUACCCAGGCCAAGGUUAUCUUACUGCUGCUUAGGGUGGAGGGUUGUGUGGAGCACACACAGCCGGCAGCGAGUAGCUAGGCUAGCGAGAGAGUUCCUUCAGCAGCAGUAGUGUACGGCGUCGGGCUUUACUUGCCAGCGCUGCGUGCGUGCAAACAGCAAACCGAAUCAAUCAAUUACUGAAUUAGAGCAGAACUAGUAGCAGCUAGUGACCGAAUCUGCAGACGAUGCAUCUGUGGAGUUUGUGAGUCGGUGCACCUAUCCGAGGCAGACAUCAAUUAUUCGUGGACGGAGCUCUGACGGGCUGAGCAAAGCUACCGGGCCUGGUAUAGAGAAAGGCGUGAAUGCGUGGUUGUAGCGCCGUGGUGAUUCAUCGCACCUUUGCUCGCAGGCGAUCAAGCGAUUUGCAAUACGGAUUAUAAUUCUCGGCAGCAUUGGCUAGUUGCUGCAGCGUUGUGUAGCACUGCACAUCGUUAUUUACAGCUCACUACCUAUAGAGGAUUGUGUGGGUGGGUGUGAUUACAUCGCUGUGCACCGAGAUCAGGGAAAUCCCCCCUUGCGCUCCACAACAAGGCAAACACUAGUCACCAUGAGCGAGAUAAUCGUGAAGCGGGGCCAGCUGGAGAAGGAGGGCGGCACGGGCAUCACGCGAUGGCAGUCGCGAACGUUUAUCCUGACGCGCACCUCUUUCUCCUGGUUCAAACCGGACGACCUGCGCUCGGCGCUCGGCAAGCUGGAACUUGGCGAGAUUGCGGAGGUGAAACGACAGCUCGGCGAGAGCGGUGGCAAGAAGAACAUUCUCACCGUCAGCACGCAGAAGAAAGUCUACAAGCUGGCGGCACCCAGCAAGGAGGAGCAGACCGAGUGGAUCACGGCGCUGCAUCCCAGCACGCAGGCAUCGUAUGCGGCAAAGACCGCCGCGGCCACUAGCACUCAGGCGCAGAAAGAGCCGGUGCAGACAACAGAGCACGACGAGAAAGUGCUGGCGGCGCUCAAAGCCGCCGCCAAGCAGAUGACGGGCUCGGACGGCAGCGACCGCCGCUCCACGAUACUGCUACCGAUCAACACGGAGAGCACCGGGGGUGAGGGCGCGGCGGUGCUAUCGCCAACGGCAACGACGGGGCCGGACACGCCGUCAGCGCAGAAAGCGAGCAGUGUCGUUACGUCACCCGACGGCACUGUGGUACCCGCCGUCACGUCACCGUCGGCCGGUCAGGCGGACAGCCAGCAGCAACAGCAGCAAGCGUCGGCGGUGAAGUACGCCGUCGCCGAGGUCUUCAUCACGCACGGCCUGCGCAUCAGCGGACCGGUGACGAAUCAGAUGUUCAACAUGCUGGGCCAGGGCGUGCCGACCGACAAGAAGCGCUCGGAUCCUCGCGGCUGGUACUGCGACCGCAGCUUCACGCUCUGCUCGGUGAUACAGAUGUUCGUGACGAGCGGCUGGACGCUGUACCGCCUGUCGCACAGCACCAGCGCCACUCCGUGGGAGCCUGGCCUCUUUCACCCGAUCAACCUGGCCGUGUUUGCGCGCGGGCCCGGCAUCAAGCCGCUGUGCAUGUCGGAAAGCGAGUCACGUCAGUUCACCGGCAAUGCAGCAACAGGCGCAGCGCCGUCGUCUAGAGCAGGGGGAUUGAGUCGCAGUGGCACUGUGCGUGCUUCUGUGCAGCAGAGAAGCGCAUCGGUACGGUCCGGAGGAGCUGAGAGCGUUACGGGUUUGCUGCCUUCGGAGGAGGCUGAGCUGCGCGUUCUGAUGGAGGAGUUCAGUAUUCCGCUGGAGCUGCUCGAUGUUAAGGUUGGCGCGUGAUUGUACUUCUGGGUAUACAUGUGCGUGUGUGUGUGUGUGUGUGUGUGUGUGUGUGUGUGCGCGCACGUGUGCGUGUGUUUAUGCAUACACGCAUGUGUGUGUUCGUGCGUGCGUGUGUACAGGCAAUCACACACUCACGUAUCAUGGCUGCCGAAAGCGGAAGAUUGAGAGCUUCAACAUCUACUUUUUAUAGCGUAGUGAGAAUUGUAGUAGGGGUCAUAGUUCCGCCUUACCUAUGUUUGGCUCCCUGGAUGUGGCUUUGUUUAGCUCGGUAGAUGUGAGAGAUACAUCGUAUGCUGUGCAAUUCAAAGUCAACACGGUACUACAAAAAAUAGAAGAUUUUUUGAUUGUUGUCCAAUUUUUCAAAUUUCUCAUUUUGCCCAUUAGCACGGAUAUCACUACGGUACUAUAUGUAUGACCUGUUCGGUUUUCUACUCACGCCCUCAAUUGCCUUUACGCUCCCUCUGGUUCCAGGAGAUUCCCCCAAAGACUGAUAUUACCAAUUCUAUUUCACUCCGAUUUCCCGUCACAUUUCUUCUUCCACGUGCCGUCGAUGUGCGAUGUGCUUCAUGAAA